GCGCGCCGCGCUCGGGACUGUCGUAAGAGGGGCGGGGCGCGCUGUGUUCGGAACUGUCGUAAAAGGGGCGGUCGCGCCGCGCUCGGGAUGACGUGAAGCUGGGGGCGCUGUCGCUGUUGCAGGCGGCUAGCGGGCGUUCGCGCCAUGGAGCGUUAUGCGGGCGCCUUGGAGGAGGUGGCGGACGGUGCCCGGCAGCAGGAGCGACACUACCAGCUGCUGUCCGCGCUGCAGAGCCUUGUGAAGGAGUUGCCCAGCUCCUUCCAGCAGCGCCUGUCCUACACCACGCUCAGCGACCUGGCCCUGGCGCUUCUCGACGGCACCGUGUUCGAAAUCGUGCAGGGGCUACUGGAGAUCCAGCACCUCACUGAAAAGAGCCUGUACAACCAGCGCCUGCGCCUACAGAACGAGCACCGAGUGCUCAGGCAGGCGCUGCGGCAGAAGCACCAGGAAGCCCAGCAGGCCUGCCGGCCCCACAACCUGCCUGUGCUUCAGGCGGCUCAGCAGCAAGAACUACAGGCGGUGGAACACCGGAUCCAUGAGGAGCAGCGGGCGAUGGACCGGAAGAUCGUCCUGGAGCUGGACCGGAAGGUGGCUGACCAGCAGAGCACACUGGAGAAGGCGGGGGUGGCUGGCUUCUAUGUGACCACCAACCCACAGGAGCUGAUGCUGCAGAUGAACCUGCUGGAACUCAUCCGGAAGCUGCAGCAGAGGGGCUGCCGGGCAGGGAAGGCAGCCCUGGGACUGGGAGGUCCUUGGCAGCCACCUGCUGCCCAGUGUGACCAGAAAGGCAGCCCUGUCCCACCAUAGCCACAGGCAGCAGAAGUCUGGGCAGAGUUCAUCUUCUGACCUUUGGCCACUGCCUUCCCAGCUGCCCACAGGGGUCCCCUGCUGAGGAGAGGCCGGGUGAACCCGGCUGCCUGUCCCCCUGCGUCUGGGACUUGCUGCCAAACGCUAGGUUGGUCUCAUAAAAGGAAGGCCGGCCCAGCCUGCCGCUGUCUGCUUCAGGGCCCGGCAGAGAGUGAGGCCGGGGGUUCUCACACCUUCUCACUCCACGGGGCACAUCCCAGCCUGCACCGCGGGCCACCCGAGUGCUUGUUCUGGUCUCAGCCGCUCCCUUGGCAGCUGCAGCCCCCAUGCAGAAGAGGCUCCGAGACCCAAGCUCUGUGUGACCCAGAGAAAUAAAGAUGCCUCAGUGUGGCCC